GCGGUGGUGCUCUAUUUCUGAGCAAACAGGCCUAGGUUGAAAUCCCACCCAUUUCUGAGGUGUUUCGUAACAUCUCCGGGUUAGGAAAAUUUGUGGUUGAAUUUUCAUAACAGUCUAACUCAGUUGCGCCCUUCUGAAGGAGCCCACGAUCGGCUGAACUUGGUAAAACUGUUUGAUCCGGGAGAGUGCCGAACGUGACUGGGAUGAUUCGGAAUUUUCCUCCUCUGCCACCAGAAAUAGGCAGCCCCGGCCCGAAAGCUUUAAACCGCUGGCAAAAACCUUAUGAAUCGAAACUUUACAACGUUUACUAAACGGUCUGGGAAAAAAAAGCCCCAGGCUAAAUAAAGACCUUUUUAAAUAAAGCCAUGUGACAAAAUAUAUAACCUACCCACUGACCUCUCACUCCCUUCUCCUUUAGUCUAAGGAAGAAAACUGGUCCUGGUGAGAGAUCAGUGCAAUGAUGGCUUUUGACGGCAGUGCUAUGAUUUUAUUCUUAGCUAGAGUUAAGGAUGUUUGAGUGAGGUUUGUUUUGGGGGUGGUACAGCUGACUGGCGACCUCUGGGGAAAGGGAAUGGCUCUGAGAGCCUCCAGCCAGCAGCAGCGGCGGCCGGGAUCCGCUAAGGGAUCGAGCCCCCUGGUUAAGCCGAGCCCGCUGCGCCUGAGCCGGCUGCAGGAGAAGGAGGAGCUGCGGCAGCUCAAUGACCGGUUGGCCGCCUACAUCGAGCGGAUCCGCUGCCUGGAGGGCGAAAACCAGGCGCUGCUGGCCAGGCUGAGCGAGCAGCAGGAGGCACACAGCUCCGGUUACCGCACCAGCCGCUCCCUGUACCAGGCUGAGCUGAGCGGAGCCCGGCAACUGCUGGACCGCACGGCGAACGACAAGGCUCGGCUACAGCUGCAGCUGACCCGGCUCUCUGAGGAGCACCGCCGCUUGCAGGAGAGAAAUGCAAAAAAGGAAUCUGAGUUGAAAUUUGCUUUGGCCCGGUUGAGCGAUUUGGAAACUUCCCUGAAUUCCAAAGAGGCUCAGCUGGCGACAACAUUGAGUGAGAAGAAGACCUUGGAGAGUGAGCUCACCGAAGUCAAAGCUCAGCUCACAAACAUUAAUUCAGUUGCCAGUGACGCUAAAGCACAACUCCAAGAUGAAAUGUUACAAAGAUGUGACUUGGCAAACAGAGCACAGACAUUGCAGGAAGAGCUGGAUUUCCAGAAAAGCCUCUAUGAGAAGGAAAUCACGGAAACUAAGAGACAGCAUGAAACCAGACUCCGAGAAAUUGAGACUGGUAGUCAACAGGAGUAUGAGAGCAAACUAGCUGAGGUACUUCAGCAGCUAAGGGCCGAUCAAUAUCAACAGAUCAAACAAUACAAGGGACAACUGGAAGAAAACUUUCAUGCCAAGCUCGAGAGUGCCCAGCUGGCUGCUGCAAAAAGCAGAGAAUUUGCUAAUGCUGCAAAGGAAGAAUUGGCAGCAGCAAAAAUGAGGACGGACGAUCUAACAUCUCAGCUUCAUCAGUACUGCAGUCAGAUUUCUACCCUGAAAGCUAAAGUUCAGGAUUUGGAAACAACAGUAGACCAUGAAAAGGCAGUUAGCCAGCAACGGCUGGUAGACAAGGACCAAGAAGUUGCUGAAAUUCGUGAGAAAAUGCUGGUCCAGUUGGAGGAGUAUGAAGAGCUAUUGGGUGUGAAAUUGGCUUUGGACAUGGAAAUAAAUGCUUAUAGGACGAUGCUAGAGGGAGAGGAGCAAAGACUCGAUUUGACUCCUACUCCGGCUUCACGUAAUGUGGUCCGCACCUCGAGCAGUGUCCCAACAUUCCGAGGAACGAAGCGCAAAUUGUCCGAAGCAGAGGUUGCCAGCUGCAGUUAUGAAACACGUGAACAUGUGUUCUCCAUAGGGAAAAUUAUCUUAGAAGAAAUUGAUAACGAAGGAAAAUUUGUCAAAUUAAAGAAUAUUUCUGAUGAGGAUCAGCCAUUAAGUGGAUGGGCAAUAAGGAGACAGUUUCAGGAUAUGACCCAACUUACGUACAGAUUUCCUGCACAUUUUACACUUAAACCUAAGCAAGCUGUAACUAUAUGGACUGCAAGUUCUGAUGUUGCCCAGUGUCCUUCAGUUGACCUGGUAUGGAGGGACCAGAAAUCCUGGGGAACAGGGGAUGAUAUACGGGUAGUUCUCCUCAAUGCUAAUGGAGAGGAGAUGGCUUCACGGACGGUUGUGCAAAUACCGGGAAUAUCGGAAAGUAAAUCUAGAGAUGAGGACUACGAAGAUGCCAGUCAGGACAGCAGGCGAAUUGAAUAUAGCCCAACGGGCCAUGCUGAGAAUGAAGAUCCAAGUUGCAGUAUAAUGUAACAGUGAAAACCUCCAUUGGUCACAACUGAAUCCUUCAGAUUAUUUCUGAUUAGUUUUUUUUGUACACUGUGACACAGUGUGUCCGUUUCAGAGGAAUAUUUGAUUUUUAAAAAGUGAUUGCUUAAUGGGAGCACCUCCAUUGAGUGAAGUAAUCUCAGCAUUGAAAUGUUUCUGUUAACCAAGUACUGUACAGAUAAUAAAACAUUGUCUCGGUACGUGGUAAGAACAUUUGGUAAGUGCAGUUGUAUUAAUUGUUAUUUACCAUCUGCAAAAUGUUAUGUAAAAAUCUGCUUAAACAAUUAUGUUUUCAGUUUGAGAAAUCUACUAAGUAUUCAUUUAUUCGAGGGGGGGCAACAGCAGUCCUUUUUGGAUACUGCUGACUGAAAAAUAAACAUUUUGCUUCACAUGUAAUGUAAUCUAACAUCAAAACAAUUACAUUCAGACUUGGAAUGGAGCCAACUCUCACUUUUUAACUUUAACUCUAACUGCUAUCUGUUUAAUAUAAACUAUUAUUGUUUCCAUUUUCAAUACAUGGGAAAUGGAUUCUUCCAAAUAACUGUCCCUUCAGAGAGAUGCUGCCUGUGAUGAGGACCUAUUACAGUCUCAUUGUAUGUUUUCAUCAAAUUGCUGCUGAGUUGUAAUAAUCGAGAAGUUUUUUUCACUUGUGUGGUUCAUUCAGACAGUUGUUUGAACAAAAAUGAUGCAUAAAUAUCAUGAAAUGUUCAUUGCUGCAAAUUGUGACGACUGACAUAAAAUUUGAAAUGAUCUUUUUAAAUGUGCUUCAUUUUAGGAGUGAUUUGGGUCUGUUUUAUUUGAGCAGUGUCCUUCUCUAACUUUCACCCUCACCCUUCCCACACACAAUUUCAAAUCUGUCACCAUUGUGUUUAAAUGUUGCAUUUCUUUGUUCCUUAAUUCCUGACAAAAUUUUUAGAUCUCUGAAUAUUCUCCCGGAAUUAGAUACUUAAUUUCACCCAGCUGUUAAACUUAUUUGCUUGUCUACUUGUUACUUACUACCUACAAACCCUCAAUUUUACUGUUUCUUUAACUCCAUUCUUUAUCUUGUCUAUCACCCUCCCCCUCUCAUCCUCCAGGAGGGGGGAGAAGUUGCACAAAUCCAGUUGUAGUACUGUUUAAACAGAUUUGUGAUUCAAAUAUCUUAUUUCUAUAUUCUUUAUCUAUGAGCAUUAGAUAAAUGAGGAUUUUACAGAGUAUUCAAAUUAUUUAUGAACCAAUAUUAACUUGGAAGGUUAAAAUUCACUUCUAUAAAUAAAUACCUUUUUAUGGUUA